GUUAAAUCCGGAUGUCGUCUUAAUAUACGUGUAGAGGAGGUUUAUAUACCUUAGUCUGAAAAGUCUGUCUUAUCUAGAGUGAGAAACACGCAUUUGCGACACAAUGCUGUUUACCUUUUUUGGUACUAUAAUGAAAAAAUAUACAGUAGCUAUUUUUCACAUCAAUACUAACAAACGAAAAUUGUGAUUCUAUGGAUUCGACAAGAAGUACGAUGUCUAAUCCCGAAGUGAUUGACCUCUCGGACGAAGAGUUUUAUGAGACUAAUAUAGUUCCAACAACUGUUAUAGAAAUUGAUUCUGAUGAUGAACCACCUGUAUCUAUAUCUAGUCAAGUUCGAAGGUCUAGAAUAGUAUCAGGUACAGGUACAGAUACAAUUAAGUCAACUAUGCCUCUGUCUCCAAUUGCGAGAGCCCCAGAAAAUGAUAGUAUAGUUGAUUCAACAUUUUCAUUUCCAAGUCAACCUAAAAAUACAUAUAAUGCACACAAUACAUCUAUAUUAGAUGUUCAUCAUUGGAUAUCCAGUGAUAGUGAUAGUGAUGGAGGGUUUGGAGAUCAUACUGAUAAUCAACCAGUUCUAGCUAAGAGAUCAUCUACAUUUCCAGUGACAUCGCAGAGUAAUAUACCUAAACCCAAACCAAAACCAUCAUCCAUUAACUAUGAUGAAGUGAUAGAGGUCAGUAGUUAUUUAUCAUCAUCCCAGCCAAAUAUGGUUAACAGAAUCAGUCUGCAAACAGAAGUUCCUCCCACUACUGCUGGAUCUAAUUUAACUCCAAUAAAGUCCCCUGAAUUGUUUGUACCACUGAGUAUAGAAGUUCAAUGUUCUACUCCUUCUCGUAAAUCUAAAGCUAUACCGAUACGACCUGAUCCUAAACCUCAAACAACCACUAAGCCUAAGGGGGAUGAUCGUGAAUAUAAGGCUGCUCUAGCAAAGGCAAACAGAGUGACUCGAACAAAGGAUGAAUUACUUUCUGAAAUGACCAUAUAUUUAUCAAAGAAUCAUUUCCGCCAUUUCAAUAAAGAUGAGUUUGAAUCAAUAUUGGCACCCACAAAUUUAGUAUUUUAUGAAGAUGAUGAUCUUCCCCUAAUAUAUUGGAAAAGACUUGUGUCAGCUAAGUAUGAUAAAGCUCAAGAUAUAUUUAUACCAUGUCAGACAACCUAUAUAACUGAAAAGAAUAUAGUCAUCUAUUAUACAGCUGAGAAUUUCUUUGAUAAGAUUCAAAAUAAUUUAUUGAAAAAUGAUAUAUCCAGAGUUAAAAGGAAGAAUCUUCCUUCCAAUAAUGAGAUUCCUGUAAUUACAAUUGUUAUAGAGGGACUUGAACUUUUUAUUAAUAAAAUCAAGCAAAAAGAGAAUAGAAAAUAUAAAGAAGCUGUUAUACAACGUAUGAAUCCAAAUGAUGAUAAUCAACAGAAAUCCAAGAAACGGAAAUCAGAUGAAGUUGAAGAUAUUAAUCUACUGUCCAAAGAGAUUGAAUUCAUACUUCAAAAGACUGAAUUUGAGUAUAAUGUUGUAUUAUUCCCAGUUAGAAAUGCUAAAGAAGCAAUGAUAUGGCUUCAAUCAUUUACCUAUACAAUAGCAUAUGCUUUAUAUGAUAAAUUUGAAAGAAAUUCAAGUCUAUCCAAUAUUGGAACCAUAAGAUCUGGUAAGGAUAUUAAAUCAACAUUUUUGCAAACAAUUCAACAGUUCAAGUUGAUGACUGAAUCAAAAGCUGAGAGAUUAUAUAUGUUUUAUCCUAAUGUUCAAGCCCUUCAUAAACGAUUAAUUGAACAUGGAACUUUGGGCCAAGAUGAAUCAGGAAGGAAUAUAGUACCUCCAUCAUCCGAUAUUGCUAUGAGGAAAUUCUUUACUGCUACAGAUCCUCAUUCAGCAAUUAAUGAAUCAUAA